AUGGCGCAACUGCUUGAUAAGGACCGUCAGGUGGAAACUGGCAGACCUCCAAAGUGGCCCGCUGUCACCACAUGGCACCCCCUUAUCAACCCUACGUGCGACCCCUCUGUCCACCUGGCCCUCACUGCUGAACCAGUUCUGAUGACAACACGAUCAUCUUCGACGCUUAAAACGAGGAUUUCCCGUCUAAAGCUGCUUAACCUUCACUGCGCCUUUUGUGCAGCGCGUCCUGCGGGCGGCCCGUACGUACGUGACUUCCCGCCGUCAGUGGCUGCUCCCAUUCCUGCACACGACGCCAUCAUCCCUCCUCCACCGCCGCCGCUUAACGGCUUUAAGCGUCGCAUCGUUACAGUCGAUGAGAACAGGAGAGGAGGCUGCAGUAUUUCCUCUUGUUUUGGCGCAUCCGUGGUCCCGAUUCCGCAUCCUUGAGGUCCUUUGGCUGGCUUGCGAGAUAAAGGGGGGAUGCUGGGAUGCUUGGAUGGCAGACAACAAGGGAUAGGAGGCAUGCAGUCAGGAAAAAAAUAAACAGACAAGCAUGCAGUCAACGGUAACACAACUGUGGAGCCUUUUCCAGAAGGAAUGGAGACGAUCAUGUUUGGUAUGGGUUGUUUCUGGGGCGCCGAGAAGCUUUUCUGGAGAGUUGCUGGGGUCUUCUCCACCCAGGUGGGCUUUGCCGGCGGCUUUACGCCCAACCCCACCUAUGAAGAGAUCUGCUCAGGUCUGACUGGGCACACUGAGGUUGUUAGGGUGGUCUUCUCUCCCAAAGACAUCGAUCUGGAGGAGCUGUUGAAACGCUUCUGGGAGAACCACGAUCCGACGCAAGGUAUGAAGCAGCACGCCGAUGUUGGGACUCAGUACCGUUCGGCCAUUUACACAUCCAGCGCCACUCAACAGGAGCUUGCUCUGAAUAGCAAAGUGGUCUACCAGACGGAGCUGGAGACAAAGGGCGUGGGGGGCAUCACAACAGAAAUUGUUGAGUUGCAGCAGUUUUACUAUGCCGAAGACUACCACCAGCAGUACCUGAAGAAGCAACCCCGAGGUCAUUGCCGUCCGAAAGGCACCGGCAUUUGCUGCCCCAUCGGCACAGGGAAAGAAGACUCGUAA